AUGACCACUGAAACUGCCAUCGCUCCCGUCACAAGCCCCGAACAUCCGAAGAAGAACCGAAUUCAAGUCUCGAACACGAAAAAGCCUCUUUUCUUUUACGUCAAUCUUGCUAAGAGGUACAUUCAACAACAUGAUGAAGUUGAACUCUCUGCUUUGGGCAUGGCAAUCACUACCGUCGUUACAGUAGCCGAGAUACUCAAGAACAACGGACUUGCGGUUGAGAAAAAGGUCGUGACAUCUACCAUUGGCAUGAAGGAUGAAACGAGGGGCCGACUAAUUCAAAAGGCCAGGAUUGAGAUUGUACUGGGGAAGACCGAGAAGUAUGCGUCAAUGUCAACGCCGGCGGCAAGUGCUACUCAAGCACGUGAGAAGGAAGCAAUUGCCAGCAACAACGAAGAAAAGAAACAGUAA